GCUGGUUUUAUACCACCAGUACGCUACUACUUUUCUGUAUUAAACAAAUAAAUUUGGGCGAAACGGACGCGAUGCUUCUUCACCUUCUGGGGAGAGGUGAAUACUUAUCUUCCUCCUUCCUCCGCAACUAGCACAAAACUGACCCUGGAAGAGGCCCCUUUUUAUUUUUAUUUUGAUUUGAUUCUGUUUAGCAGGGGAGUAGCGGUGAUUAGUUUUAUUAUAUUGUUUCUGUUUAUUUGUUCGUAAUCAGUUAAUGAUUGAAUCAUUUUUGAGAGAUGAUGAGUGAUUUUGGUGGUGGCGGGGAGGAUGAUAUACUAGUGCUAGUCGGUGAUGAUGAUUUGGAUCACAGCAACACCAUGCUGGAUGCUACUCCUCCUCAUCAUCAUCAUCAUCCAAACCCUUCGUCCCCCGCCGCCGCCGCCCAGUACGAUCAUGAUUUUUCCAACAUCCGCCAGAUCGAGCAGUUUCUCUUGAAUGAAGACGACAUCAUAGACAUGUAUCCCCAGGAGGAGGGGGAGGAGGACCGCCUUACCGCCUCCCUCGGUUUUUUGUCCGACAUAAUCCUCGAUUCGCCGCUUCCAUCCGAUCCCUCCUCCCCCGAUAAUCCAUCUCCCGAAAGCGACUUCCCCUAUUCUAACCACAACUCCAACUCCGACUCCGACGCCAAGGAUGUCCAACAACCCCCCAAGCUCAUAGGUCAUCAGGAGCUCCUCCCCCCUGCUGCUAUUCCCCACCCCCACCAAGAGGAGAAGGAAGGGAGCGAGGCGGGCCAGCUUAAUAACAAUGGUGACGAUGCCGAUCCUAUUUCCAAGAAACGCAAAAGGCAAUUGAGGAACAGGGAUGCAGCUGUCCGUUCUCGAGAAAGGAAGAAGAUGUAUAUAAAGGAUCUCGAGAUCAAGAGCAGGUACUAUGAAGCAGAGUGCAGGAGGCUCGGGAUGUUGCUUCAGUGCUAUCUUGCUGAGAAUCAUGCUCUACGCCUUUCCUUGAACACCACCACCACCACCCAGGCCUUUGAUGCUUCCACAACCAAGCAGGAGUCUGCUGUGCUCAUCUUGGAAUCCCUGCUGUUGGGUUCCCUGCUUUGGUUCCUGGGCAUCGUGGCACUCCUCACUCUGCCCAGACAGUUGUCAAAUCUAGGAGCAAAAAAGGUGGGCUGCAAAAUUCCGGGAAGCCUGGCUCCAAGAGAGGCAGGAAUUAAAAUACAUGGAACGCUAGAGUUCCAAUCUUUUAUGAUGAGCAAGAGAUGCCGAGGUUCAAGAAGAAAGAUGAGGUGCUCUUUCAAACUGGGGUUGGCAGCUUCUUUUCGCGGCAUUUUGUCCGUGACACCCUGUCAGUUCUUGGCCUUCUGUUAAGUUCUCCGUUAAGUAGUUGCAUGAUUGGGAAGACGAGCUGUUUUUGCUAAGAUUUAGCCAGCUAUUUAUGGGACAUAAUGUAGUAGAAGUGGUCUUAAUUUUCAGUAGUGUCUGUGAAGAGGUUGCAGUAGGGGGUUCUUUUUUUUCCCCCCCUUUUUUUGGUGGUUUUCUUGAUGUUAGAAUUGAAUUACAAAUUCCGUUUCUGUAUCUAUUGUUAUAUUAACGUUUUCUUCAUGCUUAAUCGGCGGGGCUUUUAUGA